AUGGCUUCGCCGACUUCCCUUCUCUUCGAUCUCUACUUUACAAACUUUCACGACGCACAUCCGUGGCUACUUCCUAAGAGCCAGCUCUUGCAUCGGAUUCGCUCCGAUCCCGAGCCUUUCCACUUCCUGGCAAGUUGUAUCGCGUACGUUGGAUCUCUUUUCUCCCGGGCCAUUUCCUCGGAAGAGCUGCGAGAGAAAGCGUUUAGCUUGGCCAGCGGUGGGUUGCCGAUGACGUGCUGGACAAUUCAAGGGCUUCUCGUUCUUAGCGUUGCGGCAUUAGGGGAGAGCCGGAUGGACUUGAGUGCCGGAUGGAUGGAUACUGCCACUCAGAUGGCUCUCGAUCUCGGGAUGCAAGAAAAGGCAUUUGCAGAUACGGAGUCUGACCCAUUUAUGGCGGAGAGUUUUAGGAGGACGUACUGGGCACUCUACUGGCACGGCAACAUGCGAGCGAUGCGCGAGAACUCGCCAACGUUUACAUUGUUUGGUGUUGUUGCAACUACAGAACUUCCCUGCGAAGAGUGGGAGUAUCAAUCAGGGGAAAUACCACCUUCUUUCUCAUUGAAAGAAUACGGUGCUAGAGAUCUGAUGAGUGACAAAAGCUACUCGUCUUGGACCUACCUGAUCGACCUGUGCCGCCUGUGCGGAGAGUUGAUCCUGCCGAUGCCAACACUGCCACCUGGACUACUGUCCAGCACCAUUGACAGAGCCGACUCCGGAAUCGUGAGCUGGCUAAUUACUUUGCCUAAGUGGAAGCAGGAGUUGGUGGAUUCGGGAGGCACGGUCGACAUGAUUCUCUUCCACGCAAUGGCAUAUGCGCACAGCCUGAGGAUCAAGAUGCAGGUACCAUUGGGAGCCUCAGGGUUCGGCAUCAGAGAUCUCCUUGCACUUGGCCCGCUCUUCAAGACUGGCGAAUCCUCCUUGGCAACGACACCACGAUCCUUUAACACAUCCCAUCCGUGGCUUAAAUGUUCAACCGCUCUCCAGGCAGGCCUUUCCACCAUUGGCCUCUUUAAAUUCUCGCUUCCACCGGCGCGGUACAGCCCAGCGUGCAUCAUCGGCUUGCAACGGGCGGCUCUUCCCUUGCUCAAUGCAAGAAUAUACGGAGGAGCUGAGUCACCAGCUUUAAGAGAGAAGCUUGAUCUUCUGUUAGGUGUGCUGAAGGUAGCCAGCGAGAUGUGGCCUGUUGCCAGAAACAUUGGUCAUGAGGUUAGCGAUGUGUUGAGACAUGUGAACACCACGUAUCAUCGCAACACCAUACCUGAGUACGACCCGAGCCUGGAUGCUUUCAUUCAAGAUAUGGCAUCAUCUGGGAACAUUCACAAUCCUGACAUGUUUCCCUUCCCCGACCCCAGGACAACGGAAGAGAUGUUUCACUGGAAUAUCGGUAUCGCGGGAUUAGAAACAUGA